AUGGAAAACUUGAGCAAGUUUCAACUUCAAAGAACUCUUUCUAUUCAGUCCUGCUUCCGGGAACUAAACUCCAUCCCGGCCUAUGGUGGUGCCGAAGAACCAGACUUGAACAACACUCGAAACACUUCUUACCCUCUUUUCCCAGUUCAGCUAACCUACUGUUGCAAUGUUCAAAUUGCAGCUCCGCCUAAUCUAUCUUCAUUUUCCGAGGGAGCCGAGGGGACUAAAUCCGCCAGGAAUCUUUCAAUGUAUGUGCCUCUAUACCAUGCUGCACUCAAGGGUGAUUGGGAAAAAGCAAAAGAAUUUUUCAGUCUACAUCCUCAAGCAAUAACUGCAAGGAUCACAAACGGAUGGGAAAGAGUUCUGCAUAUUGCAGCAGGGGCAAAACAGAUAAAAUUUGUAGAAGAAUUGGUCAAAUUGAUGGAUCCAUUGGAUUUGGCACUUAAAAAUAAGUAUGAAAAUACUGCACUUUGCUUUGCUGUUGCAUCUGGUAUUACAAAAAUUGCAGAGUUAAUGGUAGCAAAAAACAGUUACUUGCCUAUGAUAAGAGGUAGCAAAGGAGUGACACCCCUACAUAUUGCUGCUUUAUUGGGAUAUAGAGACAUGGUCUGGUAUCUUUCUUCAGUAACGGAUGGCCAAUCUCUUACCAAAGAGGACUAUGUUGGGCUACUAAUUGCAACUAUUAGCUCUGAUUUAUACGAUGUUGCUCUGCAUAUACUUGAACACAAACCAGAACUAGCCAUUGAACAAAAGCCCGACGGCGAGACAGCACUUCAUGUUCUAGCACGAAAGACUUCAGCAUUUUCGUGCAAAAGUGAACUAGGAAUCUGGCAGAGAUGUGUUUACGGCUGUGUGAGUGCAAAACUGUUGAACAAGUCUGGUCAUACUAGCAACUUCAGACUUCUCAAUUGUGUUAUGGACCUAACGGGAAUCCAGGGAGUUAUUCAGAAAAAGCUGAUGCAAUCCCAAGCCCUGGAGUUGGUAAAAUUCUUGUGGAAACAGUUCAUCAGGGAGCUUAUUCUCUCCUAUCCUGAUCUCAUUUGGAAAGUUGAUGAGCAAAGUCGAAGCAUUUUUCACAUUGCGGUUAUUCAUCGCCAAGAAAAAAUCUUCAAACUUCUUUAUGAAAUAGGAGCGCACAAAGAUUUGAUCACAUCCUAUAAGAACACCAACAAUUGUAACAUGUUACACUUGGCUGCAAACUUGGCUCCUUCAAAUAGACUUAAAAUUGUCUCUGGUGCAGCACUUCAAAUGCAACGUGAGUUGCUGUGGUUUAAGGAAGUUGAGAAGAAUAUGCAGCCAUUAUACAAGGAAAUGAAAGACUCAGAAGGUAGAACACCCCAUAUGCUAUUUACUCAGGAACACAAGGGAUUAGUCAAGAAUGGGGAGAGAUGGAUGAAAGAUACAGCUUCAUCCUGCAUGCUUGUUGCAACACUUAUUACUACAGUAAUGUUUGCUGCAAUUUUUACAGUACCAGGAGGCAACAACAAUAAUACAGGAACCCCUACGUUCCUUAAGGACAAGUCAUUUAUAAUUUUCUGCAUAGCAGAUGCACUUGCUCUGUUCUCCUCUGUGACAUCUAUAUUGAUGUUCUUAUCUAUCCUCACCUCGCGUUACGCUGAAGAGGAUUUCCUUGAGUCCUUGCCGAAGAGGCUGAUUAUUGGCCUAACAACUCUUUUCUUUUCUAUGGCAUCAAUGCUAAUGGCUUUUAGUGCUAGCUUUUUCAUUGUGGUUGGACAUCAACUGGCUUGGAUUAUUAUCCCGAUUGCUCUCACUGCUUGUGUUCCAGUUACCCUAUUUGCAUUCUUACAGUUUCCUUUGUUGGCUGAUGUUAUGCAUUCUACUUAUGGAUCAGGAAUAUUUUCCAUGGAAAGGAAGGAGACACUUUAUUAG